ACGGCGGUACGGACGUAUGGUCGCGCGGGCGCUUCGUGUUCUAGGAACUUUUGCCUUUGGCGUACUGGCAGACUCCUCACAACAGUGUCUACUCUCAAAGAUGGCAGAUCAAUUUGUGUUGUAUUAUCAUGUGACGGUGAAAAGCUCUCGUUGAUAAGGCGGUACGUGCGUUAACUGUCGUAGAUUUUCUUCCUGUGGAAGAACCGCGUUCCACAAAGUCGAAAAUCGGCGCGAUGGCGGACAUGAAGAGUCCACCGUUCAGUGAUAUUAAGAGGCCGGAGGAGGUGGUGGCGAUGGCGAUGAACGACAGCUUGAAAUUCGCCGUCCUGAUUGGCCUGAUCGAAGUGGGACAGGUGUCUAAUCGGGAAGUUGUCAACACGGUGCUUCAUUUGGCACUCGUGCGGUAUCGAGCUAGAGCCAAAGGCAAUGCCGCAACCUCGAGUGGCAAUUAUACUGAAGGAGCCGGCGCGCGCACACGUUGAAAAGAUACGGAAUACUUAAGCGGACAAUAAGAUGCAAGAUCCUAGAGAAAUCCCUAACCAGUGAGUCCCGGAACCAGUCGUGUCCAAACAUCGAUUGUCUGA